AUGCCUCCGGGCUUACUGACAGAGACCGGCAUCUUCCAGCGAACCAAAGCCGUCUACCACCGCAUCAGGGGGACGUGGAACAAGAUCCCAGCUGCGCUUCGAUCCGGUCAACGAGUUUGGAUUCUGGUAUCCGGCGAUCUCUACAGCCUGCCCCUCUGGAGAUCGCCCCUCUGCGAAUUCAGAAAGGAGUCGACCAGAGUCAAGCGCCCAAGCUUUACGAAUCGUAUCCUAGUGCCUGGAUCCCCGCAGAUCAGCAACUGCAGAUGGGCCAGCGAGCUGGCCAAGCAAAGACAAACUUACACGGCCCCAGGCCACAGCCGCAAAGCGACCGCAGAGUCAGCGGACCCCACGCCAUUCGAAUGGUUUCCGAAUCACCUCCAAGUAACAAUAUCGCUACCACGCAGCCCGGACAAGCUGAGGUUUGAAGAUAUAGACCACCCCGGGGUGCAGCGGGCAGCACAGACAGGUAGCAUUUUCAAGACUGCGGCUGAUGAGAUUCGCAAGCAUGUGUCGAGGGAGUCGAUCAUCAGCAACCCUGCCAUAAACCUCGUACUCUUACCAAGAUACAUCAUCACGCGUAGCCAGGUUAUGGAUCUAGAGAAGGGCAACGCAAAGAUCUUUGAGGUCCUUCUCAAUGAGAAGGAAGAUGAGGAGCUCUCUAAGCCGAGGGAUGGAUUGCAGUACAAGUAUAACAGUGGUAUCAUCGUUGAGGACCUGGAUGAGGCAAAACGAAUUAGUACGCUAUCUAGCUGUUGGAGCUCCUGGAGCAGCCGGUCGGGGGCGGCCUCCAGGUCUGCUCAGUUGGAGUGA